GCCUGCUUCCGGCAUGGAAUACAAAUAUUGAGGCUUACGCAUUUGCAUUUAUUUUGCAGAUUCUCAGCCUGGCCUAUGAGAUGAUGGGACUGGGAAACGGGCGUCGGACCAUGAAGUCACCGCCCUUUGUGCUGGCUGCCCUGGUGGCCUGUAUCAUUGUCCUGGGCUUCAACUACUGGAUUGCAAGCUCCCGGAGCGUGGAUCUCCAGACGCGGAUCAUGGAGCUGGAAGGCAGGGUCCGCAGGGCGGCCGCCGAGAGAGGCGCGGUGGAGCUCAAAAAGAACGAGUUCCAGGGAGAGCUGGAGAAGCAACGGGAGCAACUCGACAAAAUCCAGUCCAGCCACAACUUUCAGAUGGAGAGCGUCAACAAGUUGCACCGGGACGAAAAGGCAGUUUUAGUGAGUAAUAUCACCACAGGCGAGAGGCUCAUCCGAACCCUGCAAGACCAGUUAAAGGCCCUGCAGAAGAAUUACGGCAAGCUGCAGCAGGAGGUCCUCCAGUUUCAGAGGAACCAGACCAACCUGGAGAGGAAGUUCUCCUACGACCUGAGCCAGUGCAUCAAUCAGAUGAAAGAGGUGAAGGAGCAGUGCGAGGAGCAGAUAGAAGAAGUCACCAAAAAGGGGAACGAAGCUGUGGCUUCCAGAGACCUGAGUGAAAAGAAGGAGCAGGGCCAGCAGCUCCGAGCUCCCAGCGAGCCUCAGUCAAGGUCGCAGGAAGCAGGCCUGCUCCAGGCAGAGGAGCCGCAAGGGACAGGAAACAUGCCCAGGAACGGCGAGCCCCAGACGCCAGCCCCCAGCUCUGAGGCGGCUUUGGAUUUGAGGAGAGAGGGUGAGAAAGAGGAAACCAACGACAUUCAGGUCGUCAGCGAGGAGGCGCUUCGGAGGGACAGCCUGGGGCUGCCGCAGGAGGCAGAGCACGAGCAGGCUGUGGAAGCAGAGAAACCUGCGGGCGGAAGAGCUGCGGGAGAUGCUGGGGACCUCGGCCAAGCCCCGCAGGUGCCGGCCACCCUGUUGAUGAGCCAGGAAAACCAGGAGGGGGAGGAGCUGGAGCGGGACCAGCUCGUGGUCCGGGAUGGGCAGGAGGAGCCGGAUGCUGACGAGGAAGGGAGAAACCCGCAAAAAGUGGGAGGAGAUGAUGACUACAACAUGGAUGAAAAUGAGGCGGAAUCUGAAACAGAUAAGCAGGCAGCCCUUGCAGGAAAUGACAAAAACGUAAAUGUUCUUAAUGCUGAAAAUCAGAAUAGAGAUGAUAAAUUUACUUGAUCAGCAUGGAAAGAGGAAUCACACAAACUGGAAUCAGAUACUUCGUGUCAGGACUGAACGGUGGUAACUACAAAAUAUUCAUGAGGGAUUGAAUACUGUGAAAUGUACUAAAUAAAAUGUACAUCUAGAGAUAAUUAUUGUGGAAUUUUAGUAUGUACUUUAUGUAGGGAAAUGACAUUGUCUUUUAGACAGUCUUUUGGGGUUUACUUCUGAAGCAUCUGUAUUGAAGAUGUGAAAGUGUGUUGGCUAAAAGAUAAUUCACAAGAUCAACACCAAAAUCAGAACACAAAUUCUCUGAGUUCAGCGACAGUGGCACUUAUUCUGGAAUCCACCUUUGCUUAAAACAAGCCAUCUUCUGAUGCGAAGGAGAGGCCUGCUGCACUUAGAGAUCUUUUCCUCGGUUCCUUCUCCAAAUGCCGCGGCGAGUGACAGCACCAGCCAUCACUUCUGCUCUCCCUGGUCAGCCCUGGUUUAUGGGUUUCUGCUCUUCUGUGCUCAUUCCUGGUUCUGACACUCAGUGGCCUGGAGCACUAACUGUUACCACCACUAACAGUGGUUUUAAAUGAGUUUAAACAUGAAGGUGUUUUGUGGGAGAAUUUUUAAAAGAUUACUUGUAUAAUAGCCCUUGUCAUUAGUGUUAAGUGGCUUGUAAUUUGAAAACUUGUGAUCUGUACUUACUUUGCUAAUAUGUGUGGGCAAAGCAGAAUCUUCUGUAAUGAGUGCCUGUCACCAAGAAAAGCUACAAGUGGAUUAGGCUUUUGACACAAUGGGCCUGAGCGGGGGGCCCGGGGGGCCCGCCGCAGAGCGUGGAGGGUGGCACGGCAGGGCACCCCCGGGCGGGUUUGUUGUAGACACACUGCCUAUUUGCUAGCACAACAGGAGGAAGCUGAUGUUGAAGAGCACACACUGUGUUACAAGUUGGGGAAGCUUAGAAAGGGAAAGCGGAGAUAGUGUUCGUUAUAGUUUACAUAUUUAGCUUAUGGGAAAUGCCUAUCAAAACUGAUUAAAAAAUCAAGUUAAUGUUCAUUUGAAAAUGACUAACCCUAAUUUACAUUAGUAAUAGCGAUAGUAGGCUUGCCUUGAGUUGGUCCUUAGUAUUUCAGGUCCAUAGGCUUUCCCCACUUGUGAAAGACGGGCAAAGCCACACUGGCACUGAGCUCUCCACAGGGUAAGUGGGGACGCUCACUAAGACGCAUUUGGAGUUACAGGACUGAGGUGCCGUCUCCUUGCAUCGUUUGGUGGAACUCCUGGUCUUCAGGGAGGAAACGGGCCCGGAGAAGUUGCGGAGCAGAACCUGGCCUCGCCCACUGCGGACCUGCCGCCUCCUGCCCUGCGUUCGGGUCAGGCUCUCCACCUUGGAUGUUCAUGUAUAAUAUCCUUUUACCUAAUCGCUAAGAUUAAACUUUUCCACCCAGAAAAGGCAACUGAAGACAAGGAUAAAAGUAGCUUUAUAAGAUCUUAUCUCAGUGCUGGUCCAGCCUCCGUCUUAGGGUUGGUUUCUCUCUCGCUUUCCCAUAAUAAAGCCUCUGUUCCCCUCCUGUUCCGUCGGCGCACACAGCUGCCGGGCAAUGGAAUACGGUUAGUUCAGCUUUAAAACUGCUCUCAGCUUUCCCCUCACCCUGUUUGCUCCCUAAAGAACCAGCUUUUAAAUUGUGGCGGCGGGAUGUCAGUACAAACCGCGUAACCCGUGGUGGUUUCAUCUUCGUUUAGAGGCACCGAGGCCUCUGUUCCCGAGGCGCGCUCGGAGCAGGUUCCUGGGCAGUCGUCGUGCUUUAUUACCACGGGCGCCCAGCCCAGGGCAGCACCCCGGAGGGAUCACGGCUGUUUAAUAAACGAAACGCACCCGUGUACUAGCAUCAAGUAGAUAUCCAGCCUCUGACCUUGGUCUUUCGGUGUCGUCCAAACGUAAAUCAGCAGCUAUUCCAAUUUUUAAUAGGCAUCGACUCUUUAAUUCACACCGUCCUCGACUUUCAAACGGUGCGUGGACAGGGGCGAUGAGUCGUUUAUCUUCUCUCCUGCAGACAAGGCUGCGGGUGGGGAUUCCCUACGCAGCCUGGGAUUAGACGGAGCUUUCCUGAGUAUAAUGUAAUCAUGGCACAGAGCUAAUGUUUGUGCUUUGGUGGGAUGAAAUUUGAGAACUAAACCUCUCCGUUGUAUGUUGUUAUUAAAUAACUAGAUUGAUAACUAGCAUGACUGUUUUCAUUGGUAACAACUGGUUUUCAUAGUAGAAACUGGAAUGGUGAACAGAAUUGUGAAUUCAUGGUCCAGGGGAUCAGUUUUACUCCAAUUAUGUUUUAGCCUAAAAGGUUAUUAAGUAUAAAUAAUGAGAGUUCACAGGACACUAACAAUUUCUAACACAUCUCUGAAAUGAAUUUUAGAAAAAAAUAUAAAUAAAGAGGUUCCAUUAACUGGGUUAUGCACUUUUUUUUUUUCCACAUUAGAUCUUGAAAAUGUUCAUUAGUGGCAGAAAGUUGGGGAAGAGUUUAUUUUAGUUGUGUAUUUAAAUGUUUGUGUAUUUGUAUGCUAUUUCUGAGCUCAGAGAGCAACAUUUUCUUAAAGUGUACUAGGCCACUGUUCCUUAAAAACUGGUUUGUAAAGUUCUGACAAUGUAUACACUGAAGGAUUACUGAGUAGGUAUCUUCCCAUGCCCUUAACUACGACCGAAUGGCUUUUUUUCUCGUUGUGCAUCUCUGGGAAAGUUAAAUGGCUUUCAAUAUUCUCACCUUUAAACUAUAUGCACACUGCAGAUAGUGAGUUUUACAAACCAAGGCCCUAACCAGUUGAGACAAAUGCUUGUUUUCUAUCCGUAGAAUAGUGUGCUACCUUGUCCUAAGUUGAGUGAUAUAGAUCAUAAGUUGCUAAUAAAACGUAUAUCCCCUA